UUUUUGUUAGUCGCUGUCAGUUAUUGUGAUCGUUUAGAGCAGCACAAAUGUUAUUAAUCACUUUUGCAUGAAGUCUGCCACACCGGUCGUUGUGGUACGCGUUAGCUCAAUACGCUAAGCCCGUUCCGUCUGUCGAGUUGAGUUUCGUUGACUGGCCGCGAGUUCAAAAAUCUGCGACAAAAACAUUCACCCUAUCUCUGUCACACUCGCGACGGGUCCGCGCGAUUACCGCCACCGUGCGAUGGAUGAUGCGAUAGUAUAAUGUAAUCCUUGGUGAUAGCACAAUAGACAAUGCGGCCCUAAUGAUUGUCUUUUGAAUUCCUAUUCACAACCGAGUGUGUAUGUGAUGGGUUGUUGAAUUUAUCACCGCAUGUUCCCCCUUCUAUGGGUGUAAUUGGUACUGAUUUAGGUUGAUUGUUUUUAUUGUCAUCAGCUAAUCGUUGCGCUUGUACCGUUGAUCCUAUUGUUGUACUACAUCAAUACAAUUCAAAUUACAGUAACAAGAAUAGUUGUGAAUAAGUCCAGUGAAAACCAUUAACCUUCGUUAUCGCACUGCAAUAAAACACAGAGAAUAUGGUUGCAGCAAUUGCUCAGUGGAAAUAAAAUGUAGACAAAAAUGGAUUAAUUUACAUAACUUCAACUAAAUGUGGAUUUAUUGCAUCUAAAUGGAUAUAAAUCUAGCUCAGGGGAUUAUAAUUUAGUGAUUUAUGUAGUUUUUAUUCCAUGUUUUGCUUUGUUUUCGACGACCUCACUCUCUCUAUCCCUCUCUCUCACUCGCUGGAUACCGACCUGAAUACAAUGAGAAAAAACGGAUUCCACUGGAAAAUAUUACCCUCUGCAGUGUGAAUAAAAUUAUGGCCGUGAUUACUGCUGUAGAUAAAUUUAUGUAUUUUUCCUUGAGUCAGAGCACGCAGUGGUUUUAUUUACGUGCCACAUAUCAUAAAGCUGUGUGAAAAUAUUGGGUCGUCACUUAACUGGGGCCCUCGUCAACAACGUUCAGCGCAAUUGUGUACAUCAUGAAAUACGGAGCAAUAAAAGUGAAGUGAAAGCAAAAGUGACAAAUAAACGUAAACCAAAGGAAGUUGGAUUUAUUACGACUUGAUUAAUGAGAAUUACUUCAACCAUGUGGCACAGUGUUAACACUCGAGUUCCCUGAUAAGCAGAUUCACUUCAAUUAUAUGGUACCAAAAGCCAUUGGAAAACAAGUUUCAUUAUAAAAUAAAUCCGUAGUCAACGGUGAGAAACAUCCGAAAGAAAAACGACAUCUUUACUAGUUGAGGAAUAACCUUGGAGCGACCAAAAUACACCGGAAAAGUUGUUUUGCCAACACCAGUCAAAACAAUGUUGACUUCAAGUAAUCAGUACAUACGGCCGGAAUAUGUGUCCCCUCUACCAAACACGUUCGAUUCAAAGACCAGUCCGCUGGCCUUGCUAGCGCAGACUUGCAGCGCCAUUGGUUCUGACUCACCAAAUCCAAAAUUACUGGCCAAUAUCGAGAAAAGUACAAAAAAUAAUCGGGACAAGCUUUCACCCGGCACAUUGUCAAAUUGUUCGUCAAAUGACACACCAAAAUCAAGCUUCAAACCGUAUGAAACAUCCAAUCACGAGCUGACCAAAUCUCCGGAUGAUGGCCGACAGAUGAGCUCGCGGAACAAAUCACCUAAGCAGUCUAGCACAUUCCACCAGCAGUCGACGAACAAUCGUUGUGAAUCAAACCAAAGUGCGACUUCAUCUCGAGCUUCUCCAAUGAGUAACAAUCACAAAACUCCUGGUACUCUGCAGUCGAAUCAGGAGCAAAUUAAUAGUCCAAACUGUGCCUCAUCCAAAGAUUCACCGACGAUCAAUGAUGAACGGUUGAAUAACCCUGUGGCUUCUAAGGCAAUUCCUGAGACACCUUCUAGACCUCUCAACAGCAGUAGUAGUGAAUGCACAGCUAAAGUGACAUCCUCAGUACCUUCACUGGUAUCAGUAGGUGCGCCAUAUUAUUCGGGAUAUGGCAACUACCCAAUGGAUCUUGUGACUGCUAGUGCACUAAUGAAUCCUCAUCAUCAAAUGAUGAAAGCGGCCGCUAUGAAUCCUUAUUUUAACUACUCUAAAAUGAAAACUCCAGAUUCGAUGAUGCCAGUGUGUCGGGAUCCAUACUGUACAGGCUGUGCCUUAAGCUCUCACAUGUUGGGGAAACUUGGAACAUCCGGAUGUCCAGCGGGAUGCACUCAAUGUGAUCACCCGGGCAGCAAAAGUUAUUCGUCAGCUGCUGCUGCCGCCACCUUAGCCGCCAGUCAAUCAUCUGCUGCCAUGUAUGCUCAUGCUCAACUCGCUGCACUAGCAGCGGCUUCCCAGUUACCCUACGUGUGUAACUGGAUCGGUAGUGAUUCAUCCUAUUGCGGAAAACGAUUUGCUGCCUCGGAAGAGCUCUUUCAGCAUCUUCGAACGCAACACGCAGCGGCUGCCUCAAUGUCCGAAGCACUGCUAAAUCCAGCAACAGCAGCGGCUGCAGCAGCAGCAUUACCUCCGACACAUCCACUAUUCCAAAGAUCCUAUUCAACACCUCCACUAAGUCCACUAUCAACAGCCCGUUAUCAUCCAUAUGGAAAACCUGCCUUCUUUUCUCCUGCCUCACUAGCCGGGCUUUCAAUGCCACCACAUCCAUCUCUAGCGCAAUUUUUCCAUCCCUAUUCGUUUUAUGGAGCGCGGUUAAACGGGUCAAACAAUAUGCACCCAUAAAUUUUAUAGUUCUCGUCAAAUCUGUUCUAAGUUUGUACAUAGUAGAACGUUUUUAUAGGAUGUUCAAAGUCGAAACUACUUCUUAUGUAAUAAACAGAAAAAAACUGAACUUUGUCCAAUCUCUAGGCACUCUAUUGCAAAAUUUGAAGAAAAAAAAGAAGAGAAAUACAAUUAUAUUCUU